GAGGAAAGUUAGGAAACUCAAAUUUUAGCUUUUAUUUUUUACUCCCCCAAACUCCAAUUUUCACAUUUUCUCACUCUUCCCACGCCAUAAAAAUUCAAUCUUUUUUCUCUCUUUAAUUCAGGAAAAUACACAAAAUUUUCCAAAAAUAUAUUUUUGGGUUUCACCAUUAGUUUUUAUGUUUCCUGCUUUUGUUCCACAUUUUUCCUGAAGAUUUAAAAAAAAAAAAAAAAAUACUGAAAGGAGAAAUGAAAGGCCUCAGCUUUUUCCUACUUUGAUCCUACUCUACUUACUUCAACACUGGUAUUCUGGUAAGGGUUCAAAUCUUCAUUUUUACAGUAAAUUUUUUUGUAUUUUUUUUUUUUUUUUGGGUUUUAGUUUUGGGUUCUGAUUUUGAAGUAAAAAAAUAUUAUUUUUGGGGUAUUUUUUCCAUUGCAUCUGUGGUUUCUUGGUGUUUGAAGUUGAUGAGAAGUAUGGGAUUCUGAAGAAAAGCUGAGAGGAAUUUUUGUGUUUAUUUUAUUUAAUUUUUUUUUUUUUUUGGGAAAAUUUUUAUUCUUUGAGUGUUGGGUGAGAGUUUGAGUAUGGAGGUUAGUGAGGGUUUGAGUAUUGGUGGAGUUACUGUGGUGGGAUCAGAUGCUCCCUCAGACUACCAUGUGGCGCCAAGGACCACUGAGAAUCCCACCCAAGUUACUGGAUCAAAGCCGCCGGAGGCACCACCGGCCGCCGGCGGUGAAACAGCCGGAGCCACCUUAAUGAAGAAGAAGAGGGGAAGGCCAAGAAAGUAUGGCCCAGAUGGGUCCUUCACGGUGGCUCUUUCCCCCAAGCCUAUUUCCACGGCGGCUCCUUCCCCUGUGAUUGACUUCUCAGCCGAGAAACGUGGGAAAGUCCGGCCAGCCGCCGGUGGGUCAGCUAGCAAGCCACACCAGCCUAAAGUGAGGCUGGACACUUCAGGUGAUUGGGAAUCUUGCUCUGUUGGUGCUAAUUUUACUCCACAUAUAAUCACUGUGAAUUCUGGAGAGGAUGUUACGAUGAAGAUUAUAUCGUUCUCUCAACAAGGGCCUCGAGCAAUCUGUAUUCUCUCGGCAAAUGGAGUGAUUUCUAGUGUCACUCUUCGACAGCCUGAUUCCUCAGGUGGAACAUUGACAUACGAGGGCCGUUUUGAGAUAUUGUCGUUGACGGGAUCGUUUAUGCCGUCCGAGACGGGAGGAAUGAGGAAUAGAUCGGGCGGGAUGAGCGUGUCUUUAGCGAGCCCCGAUGGGCGCGUUGUAGGGGGUGGAGUUGCGGGUCUAUUAGUAGCUGCAGGUCCCGUGCAGGUUGUCGUGGGCAGCUUCAUCGCCGGAAAUCAGCACGAGCAGAAGGCGAAGAAACACAAGCCCGAGACAGUAACUGCUGCCGUCCCGAUCUCCAGCGCCGAGAUGGAAGAUCCUUACCACGCCUCGCCCAAACCAAUCAUGUCUUCUGCCCCUUCGUUCCGCGCAGAUAAUUGGUCCACGUUGCCCCCGGCAGAGACUAGGAAUAAACCCACUGACAUCAAUGUCACACUGCCUGCAUAAGGCUGAGUAUUUUUGGCAAAUAUUCCCAGGCAGGAUUGAAAUGAGAUCAUAGAUGGAUGAGUCUGUUGUAAUCUGGGUAGUUAGUUCUUUAGAUUGUAAAACUCUGUUUUUGCACUCCCACUGUUCUUUAGAAUGAUGUUAACGUUUAGAUGUAUAAUUAGGGAUGGAGUUUAACUUUCACUUUAUAAACCCAUUUAAUGAAAUUUCACCAUUCCCAUUGUCAA